AUGUCCACGACACCGGCUGGGAUACCUCCAUCCUCUACAGCGUCAUUCACUCCUGCAGGCGCUCCACCGCUUGGGUUUGGAAGCUCGCAAUCAGGAACACGACGUGCUUUGGACUUCUCUAGUAGCCGAUUUAAUCAGUCGACCGCUUCAUACACAGACAAUGACCUUUUAUCCCUUUCUACCACAUCGUCCAAUUUCCCGCGAGAGCUUGAUUCCCCUAAUUCCAGCUACCUGUCACACCGGCCAACCAGAUCGCCGCUUCACACCGGUCACAGGUCCAUACUCAACAAGAACAAAGGAACUAGAGGCUCGUUUGACUCAAGUCGACGCAUACAAUUCUCUCAAGAUAAUGAACCAUCUACUACAGAUGCACGCGAACCGGAAGAUAAUGGAAUAGGCUGGUCACCAAGCAAAGAUGGUGGUUCGUUUACCAGCUCCCUUUUCCCGCAAGCUACAAAAGCCCAGCCGUCCCGGCUUUUAAGGAAACCGGUUAUCUAUUCGAAUCCCGCUGGCGCAAAGCGCGCGAAACUUGACGAAACUUGGAUACAGUCUACGUUACCGGAAAACGAGCAACCUCCGAAACAAAAGAAAGACUCAAACUUUCCUUCAAUUAUUAAAGAUUUGACCGCCAGGGCAAACCUAGCUUCUGUUGAUGAACCGAGCGAGCUAUUAUUGGGUAUGGAGGAUGCUAUAUGUCGCAUGUAUGAUCAAGUCCGUGAUCGUAAUUCCGAUGAUGACAUAGUCGACUCGAGCCUUUCGGCUGUAUCCGAUGAACUAUCGUCCCUGUGGCAAAGAUAUUCACCAGUGCCAAUGGAAGAAAAAGAUGGUGUUCCUCUUAAUGGUGGGAUUGGGCCUGGAGACUCUUCACCAAACAUCAUGAAGGCUAUAUUCUUGAGCUCAUUACUCCUCCAGCUUCACCACCCUCCACUACUCGAACCUAGCAUCAAAGGCUCUAAAUCAUCACGCAGCAUGUUCCGCGACUUAGUGAUGAGAGACGAGCCUCUACCAAAGGUUCCGAUACCCAAAGUACUGUUUCAAUGGCUAUGGAGAUAUCACAACUUGGAAACAAUUCGCUUUGAUAUGCUUCACGACAUACAACCAAACCCAACUGCCUCUCCAAUGUUUUGGAAGUUUAUUCUCAAAUCUGUGCUGCGUGCUGAGUUUGAUAACGUGAUAACGCUUUUGGGUGAGGCAGAUUUUAGCUACGCCAGGACUGCUAUGGAGGAUGGAUAUGAACAGCCGGGAUACCAUGGCUCCCAGCUACAAAAUAUCCAACAAUGUGUGAACAAGGCUCUCCAGCUCCUUAAAACGUGUCCAGCUGUUCAGCGUGAUGACUGGGAUGUUAAAGGGGUUGAAUGGGCCAUGUUUAGGAAACAAGUGAACGCAGCAAUACUAGAUUUGGAAGAUAUGGCUGAGAAUGGGCAAACACAGCUUUCUGACGACGAGGAAGGACCAUUUGUUGCCUCUAAUUUUGGUAUCUCAUUUCAACGCCCUGAUUCUAUGUCAUUUAGCCAUAGUGCGCGCAUGGCAGAAAGCAGGAUACCGUGGUCUGUAUAUCUAAACAUCAAGGCCAUGUAUAACAUCUUGUGUGGAGAAGCAGAAAGCAUUUUGAAACAGUCUGAGGAUUGGGUGGAGUCCACAAUGGCUCUGACUGCGUGGUGGGAUGGUGAUGAUGAUAGCGAUAUUUCAGUUGGCGGAAAGAAGAAAGGGCCAGCUAAACGCCGUUCUCAGGCACCCCGGGCUGUCGACUCCAAUACCGAAGAAUCGUACCUGCGACGCCUUGACUACGCCUACAGUUCAGUAACAGAUACCCUGGGAUCUGCUGGUUUCCAAAUCAACUCAAUGAAUUCCUGCGAAGUUGGCUUGGCUUCUGUUUGCGAAGGAAAUGUCGAAAGUGUACUCAGACUUUUGCGAACCUGGUCUCUUGCUGUAAGCGCUGCAACGGCUGAGAUUGCCAGCUUCGGAGGCUGGCUCGCGGCAUCAACGGGGUCCGAACCAAUGCGGGAAUUCAAUGAGAGUGACCUUAUGGUCCUCAGCUACGGACAACCAGAAAAACCACUCCAGAAGGAUGAUAUCUUAAUUAACUAUGCGGAUGGUGUUUUCUCACGGGAUCGGCUCGGAGAUCGGGGAGCUAGAGAGGGGUGGGAGCUCUCCUUGGAGGUGCUGAGCCGCCUUGACGACCAGGAGCUGAUGAGAACCAAGGUCAGAGAACUGAUGGACAAGGUAUCUCUGGACACAGCAGAUAAAAUGGACAAGGCUGUGGUUCUCUGUGCAGAAGUAGGCUUCAGCGAUGAGGGUAGACGAGUUUCAGAGCGAUACGGCGAUCAAGUUGCUGAGGUUUCUGAGAAUUAUGGCACUGCUCUGAUCUGCUAUGCGCGCGCUCAUUGUUCUCGCAAGAUUAAAAAUGUCAUUGACCUCCUGACAUCCUUCUGUCUCAUCCAGUCCAGAGCCUACCCUGCAAAGGACCAGUUGGAUGAACAGCUUCGUUCUCUUCUAUACGACCCAUCGACCGCCUUGUCUGCCAUCGCUUCCGUGGAUUCGGAGGGUGCAGCUAUGCUACAGUUUUACUUCAGUAGCUAUGCUACGUUACGAUCCUAUUAUGAGAUCCGUGACGAGGCUGCCGGUUUAAAUUCAGGCCAGGUGCCUAAGCAUCGUCCACUUGCGCGGAAACGUGAGGCUGCCCGGGCGCUGGUGGCUGUUAUCCGAAGUGCGGCUGAUAGCAUCUAUGGCGGGUUGUAUGAUCCGGACAGGCAAUCCGCUGCCCAGGUUGACGGGUUGCUUGUCUUACUUGGCGAAGCACUAGCACUCCUUGACCCCAAUCCCAACCAUUUCCUGAACACCGAGCAACAGCUUAUUAUUCUUGCGGCGAUUGAAGACCUUCAAACGGUUACUGAGCGUGUGUAUGAACAGUGUGAGGCAUGUCUCCAGUCUGCUCUAUACCACCACCUACAUUUCGAUGAUAGGAACAAUACAGGGACUGGCCACUCAUUCGGUGAUGCCGGCCGGCCGAUGUCUACUUCUUUCUUUGCGACGUCGCCCCAAAAGCUACUGAAGAAGUCCAUCUCAUCCACUACCCUGACAAGCGGGUUCAGUCUCAUCGGGAGCGAGAUGCUGGAAGGAUCGCAGUCCAUCAGCGGGUCAAAGGAGAUGGGUGAUUCCGGUGUCCUUGUCCCUAGAUCGGGAAGCAAGGGCCAGGGUAAAGGCAAACAAAAUGAAGAGCAGCAGAUUCAGCGUGGGUGGGAUUGGAGAGACAAGGCUCCUGACGGUAUCAAGGGUGACGAUAUACUCAAAAAGCUGAGGCUGUUGCUUGCCCACGGGAUGGCUUUUGGUGCAUUAGACGGGGCUGUGGUUUAA